AUGAAUUGUAGACCCCAACAGAUUUCUGUUCCGUCCUAUGCUAUUGAGCAGACUGUACAACCAAUUACCACUGCUAAAACCAUUACUUCCACUAGUAACCGUAAUGGAACACAAUAUGAUCCGGCUUUCUACAGUAUUUAUGAUGACGAUUCUGAAAUCUACAAAGAUGUUGAUUAUGGUCAGUUUACCUUAUCAUCAGUAAACAACAAUAAUAAUAGAAUAAAAUCUCAGCAUCAACCGCAGCUUCAGUCUCAGCCACAACUUCAGCUUCAGUCUCAACCUCAACAAGAUACUUAUAGAGUCGCGGCACCUUUGCAACAACCUACACAAAGAUACCAAGCAAAUACAUAUGUACCAGAGUAUAAUCUUAAGAUCACUGAAGAAGAAGCUCAACGAGAGCAACAGACCAAAGCAACCUACAGGUCAACAGUCGUCGGUGUAAGUCCCUUCGUACCGGACCGCUCAAAGUUUAAGUUCCCCGUGCAGACUUCUACCCCCACAAGGUUCACAUUUCCUACAACAACACCCAUACCAUCCACAUUACCUUCUACUACUCUUUCAACAAUGCUCUCUUACCCAUCAACUCCUUCAUUGUUUUUAAGACCCCCGUCGCCUCAAGGCAGCUAUUUCUGGACAACCAUGUCCACCACCCAAAAAUCAAAACCCACGCCUCCAGACUUUAGAAUAAUCGUAGAUCCUUACAACACCACACAAUAUGAUGUAACCACACAUCGUGGUACUGUUAAGACUACAACGUUCAAAAUCAGAACCACCCAAGCUCCAACUACCACCUCCACCACACCCAGUACAACUACAACAACAUCGACAACUACUACUCGAUCGGUGGAUUUCGAUCAAGAGUACGAUGUUGUAGUUGAAGAUGAGGGAACAGGUUAUAUUGAUGAUAAUUCAGUAGAAAAAACUAGUACAACGUCCUCAACUACUAAAGCCCCACUAAGGUCUUCAGUAUUAAAAAACACUAAUGAUUAUUCAAGAGUCAAGAGCGGUCCGAGUAUUCAGCCAGUCACGGUACCAGCACCCACAAGCAAAACAGUAACAGAAUGCCGAGAGUGCAACGAAAAACCAUCAAGAGGCAGAGUGCGAGGAGGUGCAACAUAUACGACAGCAAGCACUAAUGAUAUCGAUAGAGGAACUCCUGCAGUUGGGAGAACAAGACCGACAUUAAAGCCAUCUACAUCCAUUGUCAGUAAGGUUUCAGAAUAUGUAGAUGUUUACAAAUAUGCACCAACGAGGCCUGAUCCAAUUUAUCCGACUCCACAACCCGAUAAAACUGCUGCGAAAUGUAGAAAGGACGUUUGUCAACUACCAGACUGUAGUUGUGGUGGCAAAGAAAUACCUGGCGAUAUGACACCAGAAGAAACUCCGCAAAUUGUCUUAUUAACUUUUGAUGAUUCGGUUAACGAUCUAAACAAAGGACUUUACGCCGAUUUAUUUGAAAAAGGCAGAGUAAAUCCCAAUGGCUGCCCGAUAAGUGCUACUUUUUACGUAUCGCACGAGUGGACAGAUUAUAGUCAAGUACAAAAUUUAUAUGCUGGUGGUCACGAAAUUGCCUCGCAUUCAGUUUCACAUAGUUUUGGUGAACAAUUUUCACAAAAGAAAUGGACAAAAGAAAUUGUCGGGCAAAGAGAAAUAUUGUCCGCAUACGGUGGAGUCAGACAAGAAGAUAUACGAGGAAUGAGAGCCCCAUUUUUAGCUGUGGGAGGCAAUAAAAUGUUCAAAAUGUUGUAUGACAGCAACUUUACUUAUGAUUCUUCUAUGCCAAUUUACGAAAACAAACCUCCUAGCUGGCCAUAUACACUUGAUUAUAAAUUAUUCCAUGACUGUAUGAUACCACCAUGUCCAACCAGAUCGUACCCAGGAGUAUGGGAAGUCCCUAUGGUUAUGUGGCAAGACUUGAACGGAGGCAGAUGUUCCAUGGGAGACGCUUGUAGUAAUCCAUCAGAUGCCGAUGGAGUACAAAAAAUGUUAAUGAAAAACUUUGACAGACAUUUCACUAGUAACAGAGCUCCAUUUGGACUGUUUUACCAUGCGGCUUGGUUUACGCAACCUCACCACAAAGAGGGCUUCAUCAAAUUUUUAGACAAUAUCGUGAGCAUGCCUGAAGUUUGGAUCGUCACCAAUUGGCAAGCCAUCCAAUGGGUGAGGGAUCCCACAUCAAUCUCAAGAUUACAGUCUUUCACACCGUUCCACUGUGACUUAUCGGAGAGGCCAAAGAAGUGCAACAAUCCCAAAGUGUGCAACCUGUGGCACAAGUCAGGCGUCAGGUAUAUGCGCACAUGUCAGCCAUGUCCAGAAAUAUAUCCAUGGACGGGAAAGUCUGGAAUCAGGAGUAGUCGGAUUGACGACGGUAGCGAAUAA